AUGGGUCAGUCAAGUUCAAGAGUGCGGCCAGAGGCUCCCUCAAGUCGAACCACGCAACCUCGCCACCUCGAGCACCAACGACAGCAGCCUGCAGCCUCGACAUCGACAUCAAUACCACCAUCGACUCCUGACGAGUUUGGCGACAUGGAAACGCCGACGGAACCCAUCUCCACACGCAACUCUCGGCGCUCGUCGUUUCGCAAAAGCGUCAUGAACCUUGUUCGGGCGACGUCGUUGAAGGACAAGGCUGAAAGCUUGAACGAGAGGCGGAAAUCGUGGAGGAGUUCGAGGAGAUGGUCAAAGUCGCCUAUGGAGUUCACUCCACCUCAGCCAGUCGUCGAGGAGAGUUCAAACUCGGAGGCUCAGCACACCACAGCGACGCCAACAGCACAGGCGCCUACGCCACUGUCGGACAAGGGCAAGGAACCUGAGCGGUAUCCACAAGAUAUCCCCCAAGAUGUCGUAGACUCUGAACAUCCAGAGGAAAGACCUUCAGAUCGUCCUUCAACGCCUUACCCAGCACCUUCUGGCAGCGACCAUCAGCCUUCCAGUCACCAAACUGUUACUGCAUGGCUUGAGGAACAGCUCGAGGCAGAGUCAUCACCAGCCAACACAGCAAACGACGACGAUAAUGAAUCCAACCCGGCCCAGAACCCACCCGUGCCUGAACCACAACCAACACCUGUCGCAGCACAGACCCCGACGCCACCAGUUCAUUCAUCAACGACGGCAGCACCAACGAACUCUACAGCACCAAAUCCAUCUCCGCGUGCAUUCCCCCCUCCAGGCACCCUUGUGGUUGUGCAAGGUAUUGUACACACUACCGAUGUAACAAGAAACGAUUCCGCUGUGCCUUUCAGCGAAAACAUCACGCGAGGCGUCCCUCGAACUCCAGAUGCUCCUCCCGGUCCUGCCUCGAUCUCCUCAUCCAGGUCCAGCUCAGAAGAGUCCUCAACGCCCAAUAACAGCACCGGGGUUACGACGCCCGAGGAAGCAGAGGAAUACGCUUCAGCUCCCGUUGAAAGCGUGUUUGGAGAGCGCGCACGCACACCAGCUAUCUCACCAGGCAGCAUCGAUGUUCUGGGGACCCUACUCAGUGUCGCUGCUGCAGCAACCGCCGCUUCUCUUCUCACAGGCUCAGCGGAGCAGCCUCCUGCCGCUUCUAACGAUAGCAGCUCCAAUGGAAGCACAGACGGGGAAUCGACAACGUCCACCGACGGCAGCAACUCUGCACCGGUCACAGCGACUGCCGAUACCUAUCUCGCUGGUAGGGCUGAGCGCAUGCGUCAAGCUUGGUCCACAAUCAGAGAACGCCUAGGCCUCCGACCGAACCCGCCUGCCCAUCCUCCUUCAAGCACCGCGUCGCUAUCGGGUGCAUCAACUACAACUGCUGGACUCAUGGCAGCCAACUCUUCAAGCAACCAAGUGACGGAUACAAGGGAGCUAAUGUUGGCCGAGAUGGCACGGGCAUUCAAUAUCGGCCUGGGUCUGAACGGAACAGCGCCAGGUGGAGCAACUCCUUCCCCCACUUCUCCUAAUUCCCCAUCUUCUCCCGGUUUCGGCGUGUUGGGCACCAUGGAGCCCUCAAGCACCACCCCACCCUCCACUGAUGGAUCCUCGCCAACAACUACAACCACCCGCGAAGGUACCCUCCCACCUGAAGGCAGCUUCGACCGAUUCCUCGUGGAUCUGCAGGCUGAUCUACGGGUUGCGCUGAGCCAAUCCGACGAAGAAGCAGCGGCAGAAGAGGAAGAGCGACGCCGCCGACGAGAGCUCCUCGAGCAAGCCCAUGAAACGACUACCACCGUGACCUAUGUCGAUGGACAGCGCGGUUCGCGGACGACUGUGACGUCAUCGGGUUCAAGGUCAACUUCGCCUGUGCCAUCCCUGUCCCCGUCGGACUCGGUUUCGGAAACAGGGGAACCCAUAAGGGAGGAAGAUGUUCCCCGCAGACGCAUUGGAGUCACGCUGGGAGGUGUUGAAGAAGAUUCUGAGGACGAGGACGAUCAGUCCACGGUCCAACAGGGCGGGUCGCGCAAGGACAGAGACGGAGACUAUGAUGAUAUGCCUCCCUUGCAGGACAUCUCUGAUGAUUCGAGUUCCAGUGACGAGGAGGAAGAGCAAGAGGAGACACAGGAACGAGAAGAUGCGUCAGACGACAUCUUUGCUCGGCUCGAAGCUCUGAUGGAGCAGCACGAGGAGCAAGCGGCAAUUCGUGCCAUGGCCACAGUCGAUGAAGAGCAGCGCAAUGCUGGUCCGUCGUCGUCGUCCGGAAACUCAUCCGCGCCGGCUGAGACGCCAUCAACGUCGCAAGAACAGCCUGCCGACGCCAGUGCGUCCAGCUCAACGCAGCCUGCAGGUCCGGGAUCUACUGCCCCCUCGACAACGGCUGGAGGAUCUGGACGAAUGGACUCUGCGGGAAGGAUCAACUGGUGGAGGCUGUACCGAUUCCCAUCCAUCACCGCACCCAGAAUCGUCGGGGCGCCUUCUGGCACCGCGCCUACGUCCGGAACGGGUGAUUCUACAACAGCGCCCUCUCCUACAUCCCCUCCGGCUGGUGCUCUUCGCGCCACACCAGCGACAACGCCUUCCACCACGACUACCACGCAAAACUCUGGACCGACGCCAUUCCUCCCUAAUUUCCUACCGCCCCCUCCAGGCCAGACUGUUGUCCCAGUCAUCGUCGUCGGUCUGCAGUCUGUCACCGCGGCUUGGCACGACGACGUCCCUGCUGUCACGUCUACAGUGUCCACUGGACCUUCUCCACUCAGCACUGCCUCGGAGGACAUCGUUGCUCCCCGCCGUGCCAGCGAAGACGGAGACCGUGCAAGCGCACGUUCCGUUCCUCGGGAAGUCGUCGAGGAUGACGAUGACUACGGGUUCGGAAGCGGCUUCGGCGGAGGGUACAUCAACUCUUCACCCACCACCACUACCAACAACAACACCACUUCAACCUCUCCUCCCAGAACCACACCCGCCGUUGACCCGCGUCCCGCAUGGGCCCGCUCACCACGCUACCGCGACCUCUACAGCCACCACGGCUACGAAUACACGAACGAGGAAAUCGAGAACGAUCCCUACGGGUACCCACCCAUCAACUUUGACGACGACGACGACGAGGAUGAGAACGAUGAGGAGGACGAAGCGUACUUUGACGCCCAGCGCCGCUCGAGCUCGAGGCGGACGAGGCGGCAGGCUGUGCGGAAUAGUACGGAUGGGGGUGUGAGAUCGCCUGCCAGUUCUCCUACUAGUACGGGUGCUUCUGCGGGCGCUGCUCCUGGUGGUGGUGCGGCUUCGCGGAGAGCGUCCCUCGCUGGGUCUGCUGCUAGCCACGUACAUGGUGCGCCGCCUUCCGGAGCGAGGACGUUCCUCAUUUAUGUGAUUGGCGGGUACUAUCCUCCAGAUCAUGCUAUCGUUACUGGAGGGUUGGAGAACUUCGAGUCCUUUGAAGCUCUGCUGGAACUCGCGGAGAUGCUCGGCCAUGCUCGAGCACCUACUGUGACCAAGGAAGACAUCGAAAAGGCCGGUCUGGAGAUUAUCAAGCCUUGGCAACUAUCGCAGUACGAAGAUGAAGGACGAGUGGCGUACAAUUGUAUCGAGAGGUGUCUCAUUUGUCUCGACGACUACGACCACGAAGACGACAUUCGAAUUAUGAACUGUCGUCAUGCCUUCCACAAGGAUUGCGUGGACAAGUGGUUGCAAACUGGCAAGAACAAUUGUCCUGCUUGUCGGUCGACGGGUGUCAAAACCGAGUCGGCCACAGCAUCGGCCUAG